UCCGAACUUUAUAGGGCGAAAUUGUUAUUUUAAACCCUCCGUGUCUAAAGACUAAAUCUAACUCCCAGCAAAACCCAAUAGUCUCUUUUUAUCUUCUUCUUCUCUUAGACAUUUCCAACUUCACUUUUCUUAACGGCUCUCUCUCUCUCAGGCUAUUUUUGAGUUGUACAAUUCUUAAUUCCUUCUGAUACUUGACCUGGAUGGGUCCUUUAACGCUAGCUGUUGAUGCGAAAAGCACUUCUUCAGCUUCUUCAGAUGUAUCAAACAAGAAAACGCAGAAGUUGCAGCUGGAAACAAGGAAGCCUUUUGCAUCAAUUAGCAUGGAAGAGCAGAAACCAUUUGAUUUCUUUCGCACUUUAUUUGAAGGAGUUAUAGCAGGAGGUACAGCUGGUGUUGUUGUUGAAACUGCUUUAUAUCCUAUUGAUACCAUAAAGACAAGGCUGCAGGCUAUUCAAGGUGGAGGAAAAAUAAAUUUGAAAGGCCUUUAUUCUGGUUUGGCUGGAAACCUUGCUGGGGUCUUGCCUGCUUCUGCCUUAUUUGUUGGUGUGUAUGAACCAACAAAACAGAAAUUGUUGAGGAUGUUUCCUGAAAAUCUUAGUGCUGUUGCUCAUCUGACAGCAGGUGCCAUAGGAGGGGUUGCUGCUUCUCUCAUCCGUGUGCCGACAGAGGUUGUUAAGCAGCGGAUGCAGACUGGGCAGUUUGUUUCAGCUCCAGAUGCUGUUCGUCUAAUUGUUUCAAAGGAAGGAUUUAGGGGUCUAUAUGCGGGAUACAGUUCCUUUCUAUUGCGGGAUUUGCCCUUUGAUGCAAUUCAGUUCUGCAUAUAUGAGCAGCUUCGGUUGGGCUAUAAAGCAGCAGCACGCAGAGAGUUGAAUGAUCCAGAGAAUGCAGUCAUUGGUGCCUUUGCUGGUGCAUUGACUGGAGCUAUUACUACUCCCCUCGAUGUGAUUAAAACUCGAUUAAUGGUUCAGGGAUCAGCAAACCAAUACAAAGGUAUCUUUGAUUGUGUUCAAACUAUUGUUAGAGAAGAAGGACCUCCAGCACUUCUGAAGGGCAUUGGACCAAGGGUACUGUGGAUAGGCAUUGGUGGUUCAAUCUUCUUUGGCGUCCUGGAAAGCACAAAGCGGGCGCUUGCUCAGAGGCGUCCAUCACCUCCCAAACAGUCAAAGCAAGAUUAAUUUUAUGUCCCGAAUGUUUAUAUAUAUAUUCAAUUCACCAACAUAGCAUCAGAGAUUAUCUGUGAUUGUUGCUCGCUUGGAGCUGGUAGCAAUUUAAAAAUCUGCAUUUGAUGAAAUAAGUUCAGUUACAUCUGGAAGAAAAAGGUUAGAUAGAAGUUAAGCAGGGCCAUCUGAAUGAAGCAUUACCAAGAUGUUUAAGGCUUAUUUAUGCCUUGAUUCUUUGUAGACAAAUUAAAUCAAACUUUUUGAAAAGCUAAAGGCAGUUACAAGUUCUGCACUUAUAAUUUAAAAAUCAAAUUUAUAAAGGCAGUUAUCAGUUCUCUCUGUAUUCA